AUGCUCUCAACUGAGGGCGGCGAAAGAGGCGAUCGGGGGGAGCUCACAGCGGAGGAAGUGGAUGCGCUCAAUCGGAGCAAACGAAAGGUUCGAAGGGGGGAUGGAACUUUUACUGGAGAGAUUUCAUUAAAGCCAAGAAUGGAGAAGUGGAUGGAGGAUUUGGGGGAAAGUGGAGGUUCAGGUGUGAAGUCUUACCGUGAUUUAUUAAUGAAUCAUGAGAAGAAUGGGUCGCAGUGGUGUUUGGAUGAGCUCUCUGCAGUGGAUACAGGAUUUGAGUCUAUGGAGGAUGCUAGGGGUGGAUAUCUUGUUGAUCGUUCAGAUCCUUUGUGCCCUAAUAUCAUAUUGGAGAAACAGGAGAGGGAGCGACUGGCUCAGCCGUUUCAAGCGACGCUAAUCGUGAAGCUGCUUGGUAAAUCGGUUAGUCUCCGAAGCUUGGGGCCAAGGAUUGUGCAAAUGUGGAGUAAGGCAGGGAAGGUGGAUGUAGUCGACAUCGAUAUGGACUAUUUUUUGGUUGAGUUCCAGAGCAAGGAAGACUACGAGCUGGCAUUAACUGGUGGUCUAUGGAUCGUGAUGGACUCAUACCUAGUGGUUAUGCGAUGGAAACCUACUUUCAAUCCUAUGUCUGAAGUGAUUGACAAGGUUGCAGUGUGGGUAAGAUUGCCAGUUAUUUCUAUAGAUCUAUAUGAUAAGAAAAUUCUUUAUGCUAUUGGUAGUGAGAUCGGGAGAGUUAUAAAGGUUGAUGGACCGACAGCAAGGAGGAAGAGAGGCCGCUUUGCGCGUGCAUGUGUUGAGGUGGAUUUAAAGAAACCGCUUCUGCCUCAUUAUGCUAUUGAUGGAAGGUGCUAUCCAAUCGAGUAUGAAAGCAUGAACCUACUGUGCUUAGCAUGUGGAACUUAUGGGGAUGUGAGGGAGGAUUGUAAGAAGGAGGUGGAGCAGGGGCAGGAAAAGGAGACAAGCAGUGAAACAGGAGGGGAUACUACGAUGCGAAGUGGAAACAAUGUGGCUAAGGAGUUAGAGGAUACCAACGGAGGGGGACUAUGGAGAGUGGUGCAGAGGAAUAGACGAGGUAGGAGGCCUAGGAGUAUGACAGACAUGGUUGGCGCUCCAUCACGUUUUGAAAUUUUACGGCAAAACGGGUUGGAGGUGGAACAAAGGGAGAGGGAUAUGCAGAAUGUGAGGGGUGGAAUUAAUACAGGCACUGGUGGCAUGGAGGAAGGUAGGAGGACCAAAAAAAGAACGGUAGGGAAGAAGGCUUUGAAGGAUAUUACUAACAUGCGCACGGUGAGGGCUGAAGCAAGUUCUUACGGGAAGAGCAAAACAGAGGUUAGGAAGGUAAACAAAAUGCAAGAUAGGAGUGAAGGAGGGGAUUUCUUUGCGGCUCAGAAAAGAGUAGGUGAGGAGAUGAGCCUUCAGAAAGAUUGCAUGGAGACCGACGAAGUGGUGGAGGUAUAUGAAGAAUGGGGAGUGGAAGAGGAGAACACAGGGGGUCAGAUUGUGCUUUCUAGAGGGCGCAAUGGGUGUGAGGGACUGAUGAAUCAAUUUGACCCUGAUGGGGAUGGAGAGCAGAGGAGGAAAUGGAGUGAUAUGGUAGAAAAUGAGAUGCAAUCAGUAAAUGACAUGGGAGUACGACUGGAUGGCCAGGGAGCCAUAGUGGGGAAGGACGUAUCUGCUAGUUAUUAA